AUGGGCCAGAAAAGAGGUAGAGACGUGCUCCCUGCGGUGACCCGGAAGAGGCAGAGAAAGCUUAAGAAGAAGCGCUUUGAUGCCGGCCCACCUAAGGACGACAUCACUGUGGACGUCUCUAGCAACGAAGAGGAUAGACCGGAGAGUAACAACGACAUUAUCUUGAUUGACUCUGACAAUGAUGGCAGCCAUGACAGUGACGUGAUAGUUGUGUCAGAAGGUGAAGAUAGUGAAGUAAAUCCUCCCUAUGAGUCAAAUAAAGUGAAAGAGCCUACGCUUAAUCAAGAAGGCAAUGAGAAUGCCCAGAAUGACAUUGUCAAAGGCUCAGACUUCAUUGAAUUCGGCUUCAGCUCCUCGGAAGAUGAAGCCGAAGAUGAUGGGUAUGGUUCAGAUGAUGGCGUACUUAGUGAUGAUGACUCGGGCACGCAUCAUGUGAGUCCUGAGAGCAAGCUGGAGUUUCCUUGGGUGAAGGGCCACGACCAUUCCAAGCAGAAGGAAAUUGCAGAUUGGCUCACCUUGGAGAUCAAGGAUUUCGUCAACUACAUUUCCCCGUCAUCGCAAGAGAUUGUGAACAGAAACACGCUCAUCACUUCACUCAAAAGAAAGAUUACCGAAUUUUGGCCCAAAACGCAAGCUCAUGUGUUUGGUUCCUGCGCUACAGAUCUCUACUUGCCAGGAUCAGAUAUUGACAUGGUUAUCAUAUCCACGACAGGAGAUUAUGAGCAGAGACACCGUCUAUACUCUCUUGCGUCUUAUCUACGAAAAAAUCAGCUUGCAAAGAACUUAGAAGUCAUCGCCACAGCCAAAGUGCCAAUCAUCAAAUUUGUUGAUCCAAAGUUCGAUAUACAUGUUGAUAUAUCCUUCGAAAGAAGUAAUGGAUUGGAUGCGGCCAGAAGAAUACGUAGAUGGUUGGAUUCAACGCCAGGUCUUCGUGAGUUAGUGUUGAUUAUCAAACAAUUUCUUCGCUCUCGCCGCUUAAACAAUGUCCACGUAGGUGGUCUUGGUGGAUAUGCUACAAUCAUUAUGGUGUACCAUUUCCUUAAACUUCACCCUCGUGUGUCUACGGGCAAUAUUUUAGUCAUGGAUAAUUUGGGUACCUUAUUAAUCGAGUUUUUUGAGCUAUAUGGCCGAAACUUCUCAUACGAUGAAUUGGUGAUAGCUAUUGACUCAGACGAUUCUCCUCGAUAUUUACUCAAAUCGAGACAUCCAGUUCUAACAGCUGGCAAAGGUGUCUUUUCUAUCAUCAUUCAGGAUCCCUCAGAUCCAAGCAAUAACAUCACACGAUCUUCGUAUAAUCUACGCGAUAUAAAAAAAGCUUUUGGUGGCGCAUACCAAUUGCUUAUCGAUAAAUGCUACGAGCUCCAUGGGGCGAGCUAUCGCGAUAGAAUCAACAAGCUGAUCUUGGGCGACAUCAUCAAGUACCGCGGGAAGGACAGGGAUUUUAAUGACGAUAGAGAUAAGGUGAUGAAUCAUGCAUUAAUACAACACAAUGACGAAGAGGAUGAUGAAGAUGAUGAAAGUGACGGUGCAGAUGGUAACGACAAGUAUUAUUUCUCCGACAUGACACUGGAAAGUGAAGAAGAGGAGCCCCCAAAGAAACAAGCUAAAAUCUAUGAAUCCAAAAUGCUGCAGCCUACGCCGAAGUCUAUUCCUCAGAAAGCUCCUGAUGGGCCCAAAGCACUGGUCGCAGAAUUAAUGAGCGUCAAUGACCAUAACAGUGACGAUGAAAAUGCUAACGGCAAGACCGCAGACCCAAGCGAAGAAGAUGAGGCCAAGAGUUAUAAUAAAUAUGUCAAGCGCGAGUACUGGAAGCUGAAAGGGUUGGAGACUAGCAUAUAA